AUGCCAGUGAGAACUGGUGCCCACAGUGGUGGAAAGAAUUCUAUACUCAACAUAUCCCCGGGCAGCACCGUUGAUGUGCUAGUCCGGGCUCGCCAUGACCACCUUGCCAAGCGCUUUGGGAAAUUCCAACCCACUGGGGAGGUCCAAAAAGGAUGCAUCAAUCUAGCCUCGUACAACUACCUCGGUUUUGGUGGCACAGAUGAAUACUGCACUCCGUUAGCGAUCAAAGCACUGGACCAGUAUGGACUCGCGGUAUGUGCCUCACGACCGGAAUAUGGAGGAACGAAUAGGCUCCAUAUUGAGUUCGAGUCUAAAGUAGCGGCAUUCUUGGGAAAAGAGGACGCUCUUGUGAUGGGCAUGGGCUUCGCUACCAACA